AUGCCUCAUCCUGUUACGCCGCCGUCCGGCGACGCCCCGCCCCCGCCAUCUCAAGAAACCAUCAACGAUCUUCUUAACACAAUCUUCACCGCAAAGACCUCGGCCUCGUCGAUCGAUGCUUGCUAUGGCCUCUGCGAGAUUCUUAUCUCUUCCGUUGGCGUCGCUGGCUUGAACGAUUACGGUGUCAUUGCUGAGAUCAAGAAGGCUGCUGCUGAUAAGAAGUCUGGUCUUCGCCGCGAGUCUAGUCAGAACCUUCUUGGUGCUGUUUUCGAGCGCUUCCUCCCUCGUCAGCCUAUCAGCGAGGUCGUUCUCCUUCUCCAGGAUAGCAACCUUGUCGGCGUUGCCCUCGACGCUCUUUCCGAUAAGGGUGCUGUCGUUCGCGAUGCUGCCCACUAUGGUCUUGAUGCGGCUUUUGGCGUUCUAAGCCCAGAGGCCCUCGUUACUGGCCUCCUUCCUGCUCUGGUCGAGUACCUUUCCAGGAAGACUGGAAAAUGGCAGGGAACUGUCGGCGCCUACAAGCUUCUCCAGAAGAUGGCUGACAAGGCCAAGGUCUCCCUCGGAGGCACCAAGGAGGAGGCUGUUGAGAAGGAUCUUCUCCGCGAGUCUCUGGGUGCCAAGCUUGCCGGUUUGAUCCCUAUCGUCGAGGGUGGCAUGCACGACUUGAAGACCGAGGUUGAGAAGCAGGCUGUUGCGACCAUGAACUCGCUUACCACUCUUCUCUCCAACGACGAUGUCGCCCCCCGUAUUCCUCUGCUCGUCGACACCAUGCAGCACCCUUCAUCCCAGACUCUUCAGAAGGCUAUCCAUGCCCUGUCUCAGACUACCUUCGUCGCCAUUGUCACAUCGCCUGUGCUGGCUCUCCUGACACCUUUCCUGGAGCGGUCUCUCAACAGCCCCACUACUGCUCAAGAGGUUCUGCGACAGACCGUUGUCAUUGUCGAGAACUUGACCAAGCUGGUUCACGACCCCAUCGAGGCCCGAACCUUCUUGCCCAAGCUAAUUCCCGGUGUCAAGAGCGUUUGCGACCGAGCUUCUCUUCCUGAGGUUCGUGAGAUCGCUGAGCGCGCCCUUGCCACUAUGGAAAAGGCCAUGGGUGAUGAUAAGGAUGUUGUUGCUCGUACAUCCGGCGAAGAUGUUGCCAAGGUUCUUGACGAGCAGAUCAAGGCCAACGGCGGUCUUGCUAGCCAGCAGGAUCUCUUCAAGCAGGCUCGUCCCUACAUCUCCGACAUGGUCGCUAUUGAUGUCAACUACCGCUAUGUUAACCGUAUUUCUGGACGAAUUGCUCCUUACAUUACAAGCUUUAUGAAGGAUGCUGAGGCUUGCCAGAAGGUUGCCGAUGCUGUUCAGAAGCACUACGUCGAGGAGGAUGAGCGCAAAUACGGUGUUCCCGAAAAGGAGGAUGACGGUGAGGUUGAGAUCGUCAACGCCGACUUCUCUCUCGCCUACGGUGGUAUGCUUCUCCUGUCGCAUACCAACUUGCGACUUCUCAAGGGCCACCGCUACGGUCUUUGCGGCCGAAAUGGUGCUGGAAAGUCAACUCUUAUGCGAAGUAUCGCGAACGGCAAGCUUGAGGGCUUCCCUCCCCAGGAUGUUCUCCGCACUUGUUAUGUCGAACAUAACCAGGGCGAGGAUGCUGAUAUCAGCAUUCUUGAGUUCGUUGCCAAGGACCCCGAGAUUGCCACACAAGGCCUUGAGCGUAUCUCCGAGGUUCUGGCCGAGUUCGGCUUCACUGCUGGCCCUGAGGGUCGACAGUCUGAGAGAGUUGGAUCUCUGUCUGGAGGUUGGAAGAUGAAGCUGGCUUUGGCCCGUGCUAUGUUGCAGCGCGCAGAUGUUCUUCUUCUUGACGAACCUACUAACCAUCUCGACGUUGCCAACAUUGCAUGGCUCGAGAACUACCUCAAGUCUCACCCUGACAUCACCAGUCUUAUCGUUUCUCACGACUCCGGCUUCUUGGACAAUGUCACCACUGACAUCUACCAUUACGAGCCUAACAAGAAGCUGGCCUGCUACAAGGGUAACCUGGCCAACUUUGUCAGGAUCAAGCCCGAGGCCAAGAGUUACUACACUCUGUCCGCCUCUACUGUUCAGUUCAAGUUCCCUCCUCCCGGUAUCUUGACUGGUGUCAAGUCUCAGACUCGUGCUAUUAUCCGCAUGUCCAACGUUUCAUUUUCCUACCCCAACGCACCAAAGCCUUCUCUAUCAGAUGUUUCUUGUCAGCUGACGCUGUCAUCUCGUGUUGCCAUUAUUGGACCCAACGGUGCUGGAAAAUCGACACUCAUCAAGCUCCUUACUGGCGAGACCAUUCCUAGCACCGGAAAGGUUGAGAAGCACCCCAACCUGCGUAUCGGUUACAUCAAGCAGCACGCUCUGGAGCACGUUGAGAUGCACUUGGAGAAGACCCCUAACCAGUACCUUCAGUGGCGUUACCAGCACGGUGAUGACCGAGAGGUUCACAUGAAGCAGACUCGUGCCUUGUCAGAGGCCGAUCGCAUCCAGAUGGACAAGUGGGUUGACCUGAAGGAUGGAAAGUCCGCUCGUCAAGUCGAGACCUUGGUUGGUCGUCAGAAGUACAAGAAGACCUUCCAAUACGAAGUCAAGUGGCGCGGCCUCCUGCCCAAGAACAACACUAUGAUUUCUCGUGAGACUCUUAUCGAGCUUGGUUUCGACAAGCUCAUUCAGGAGUUUGACGAUCACGAGGCUUCCCGAGAGGGUCUUGGUUACCGUGAGCUUCAGCCCAAGAUUAUCUCCAAGCACUUUGAGGAUCUUGGUCUUGACCCUGAGAUUGCCAACCACAACGAGAUCGGCUCUCUUUCUGGUGGACAGAAGGUCAAGGUCGUCAUUGCCGGAGCCAUGUGGAACAACCCCCAUCUUCUCGUGCUUGACGAGCCUACUAACUUCUUGGACCGAGACUCUCUCGGUGGUCUUGCUGUCGCUAUCCGUGACUUCAAGGGUGGUGUCAUUCUGAUUUCUCACAACGAGGAGUUCGUCGGCGCCCUGUGCUCUGAGCAGUGGCACGUCAACGAUGGCCGUGUUGCCCUGAAGGGUACCGCUGCUAUCAGCCUCGACCGCUUUGAGGACAGCCGUCCCAGCAGCGGUGUCAACAGCACUGCUGCCAGCUCCGUUGUGAGCAGCGCUGUCAACAGUGGCAUCGAGGACAACUCUGAUAUGAAGUUCCGUGCCAGAAAGAAGAAGAAGAUGACCAAGAAGGAGCUCAAGGAGCGUGAGGUCCGUCGUCGGCUUCGCCACAUCGAGUGGCUCAACAGCCCCAAGGGUACUCCCCACCCUGUUGACACUGAUGAUGAGGACAACUAA